AUGAUAAGGAUGUAUUGGGUUAAACAGCUGUUAUCGUUGGUGUUUGUGGGGUUAGGACUAUUUAGUGUGGUUGAAUGUGGAGCAAAACGUGGAUAUGAGAUGGAUAUAGAAGAAGAUAGUUAUAGAUCUAACCCUUCCAACGGAAUGGAGUUUUAUUCUCUAGAGGCGAAGAAAGCCAAGCUUGAUGAUAAUAUUGAUAUAAGAAAAGACGGGGCGCCGGCUUCUUGGAUUAUUAAGGUGAUUAUUCUAACGAAAUACUUGGAUUUACAUCAGGGCGUUCGACUUGAGAAGAAUAUCAAGGCCCAGAUCAACAAAAUCAACCUAACGGGCAAUGCGCUCAUAAAUAUUCUUAUCGAAUGGCGAGAUUAUACCGAUAAACAUACUAAUCCGACCGCACUUGGCAAUCAAACCAAACAGUCAGAAGCGUAUAAUACUAUAGUAUUUAAUGAUGUCAAAACCCAAUCUAACGACACAUUUAUACUUCUGAUUAAUCCGCCACUGGGUAGGUUGCCAGAUACUGAUAUAGAAGACCGCUGGAUUGCCGACGACUUCCUUCUUAACAAGAUAACAUGCGGAGUUUUUGGUUGCUUUUCGGAGCUUCAUUGUUAUCUAACAACGGAUAGAUCGACAGACAUUAUGAUAGAUUGUGGACUCGUUUGUUUUGUACAUCCGGCUAGUGGUAUUAAGCGUGUAUACAUCAGUAUACUCUCAUUUGAAAACGCCCCGGCAUCUAUUCAUACAAGAAAAAGAAGGACUCUUGCGAAAGACGUGGCACAGCCUCUGGAUAAGCUGUCGUUGCACGUACCAAACAGCCACAUAGGUCAACUUGAUAUUCCCGAAGGGUUCCAUGUUAAAGAUUUAGAAAUCUGGGCAAUAAAUUGGGCCGAAGCACUAAGGAGGGACUUUGGCUACCAGACCUCUAGCAGACCUAUCUCAGCAACAAUGGGCCUUCAAAGUCUUAGAGUAGGGUGUAUGAUAAAUAAGUCGAAUAUUGAAAUCAAAGUUAUGAUAAAUACGGACAAUUUAGGCAAAGAGAGUUUUUCGGUGGAUGUGAGUUUGAUUCCGGGUAAAUAUGAACCACCACGUCUAAUCUUGAUUUUUCAGACAAUUAUCAAGGCAAUCAGGGCUAUUAGAACUACUAAUAUCGAAGACCACAUAAAACAUGUUUAUGUUAACCAUAUCGACCAAACCCAGGCCUUUCUUGCAUUACUAGAAGGCGAUUGA